AUGCAACCGCACAAUGAGCAGCACCAGACACAGGCCGACGCGCCUUCUUCUUCUUCGCCUUCUUCUUCUUCUCCUCUGCUUUCUGUCGGCUUCUGGGACGCCUUUGCAGCGGGGUGUAUGUGGAAGGAGCCGGUCUUAGCUGCACUCUCUUUCUCUUCUCUAGGCAAAGAUCACAUCUUGGUUCUCGCGACGGAUGGAAGCACUACGGCUACAAGCACAGAAAACAAAUCGGACAAAGAUGACGCUGCAGAGGGCGCUCAGCAGCCGCAGCAGCAGCAGCAGCAGCAGCAGCAACAGCAGCAACAGCAGCAGCAGCAGCAACAGAAGGAAGCUGGGCCUCGCUAUCAAUACGGCCGUCUGCUGAUGCGGCGCGAAACUCUUCCUUGUAAACCCGAGUUUUUGGUUAACAAAUACUUUUCUUUAGUCGUUUACUCAAAAUGUCCACUCAAGGGUCGUCUGACACCCGUGGUGACGGAUUUGCAGCUGUUGCCUGGCCAAUGGUCACGGCCCAGUGGUCCAUUGGUCACGCAACCUCACCCCCUACACGCAGCUGAAAGCAGCAACGGAGGACCGGCACAACCGGGGGCCCCCGCUGUGGGGGCCCCUGAGAAGAACAGAAAGCAGGCGAAGAGGGCCCCAGCAGAAGGAGAACAGCAAACCACUGCAGGACAAAAGAGAGUGAAGAAAGCAGAGGGGGGCAAUGCAGAAGUUGUUUAUAAACAAAAUAUCUACUAG